UCCUCAUUCCAUACUCAAUAUACACUUCUUAACUUCCAUUUCUAAACAUCUCAGCUACCUGCCAGCCAGCGCUCGAGUCGUCGGCAAUUAAAGCGAGAUAACGCAUUUCCAGUGAUCAUUAAUGGCGGCAGUCUCCACAGUCUCCAUGCUCGACUCCACCAUGGAAGUUGACAAGCUCACUAACCAAAUCUUCUCCAUUCUUGAGAACAAGUUUCUUUUCGGAUGUGACGAUCCCAUGCAGGGCAGCCCCUUGAUGGCGCAGUCGGUUGCGGCUGCCGGCGGCGGCAAGAGCCUUGACACCGGAAAGGUUCGGGUGCUGUCCAUUGAUGCCGGUGGAUCCACCGACGGGGUCCUGGCCGCCAAAUCUUUGGCGCAUUUGGAAGCCAGUCUUCGCCGGAAAUCUGGGAAGGCGAAUGCCCACAUUGCCGAUUUCUUCGACGUCGUGGCUGGCUCCGGCGUCGGAGGGGUCCUCGCCGCCUUGCUUUUCACCCGCGGGAAGGACGGCGGGCCCCUGUUUACUGCCCAAGAGGCUCUCAGAUUCAUCGUCGAGAACGGCCGUAAAAUUUCCCGGCAGGAGCCGGGCCGGGUUUUCCGGAGGACAUUCAAGCCGUCAAAGGCGUUCAAGAAGGUGUUCGGAGAUUCGACUUUAAAAGACACUCUAAAAGCCGUUCUGAUCCCCUGCUAUGACCUCACCACCGGCGCUCCAUUCCUGUUUUCACGCGCCGACGCGCUGGAAAUCGACGCCUGCGAUUUCCUCAUGGCCGACGUGUGCGCCGCCACCGUAGCUCACCGUGCACUGGAACUCAAGUCGGUGGACGGCAGAACCAAAACCUCCGCCGUCGGUGGCGGCGUCGCCAUGAACAACCCCACCGCCGCCGCCCUCACCCACGUCCUCAACAACAAGCACGAGUUCCCUUUCUCCGUCGGCGUUGAAGAUUUGCUGGUCGUGUCGUUGGGAAACGGCGAGUCGUCGGACUCCAGUGCCGGAAAUCUGAAGCCAUCCCCUGCAUCUUUCGUUAAUAUCGUCGGAGACGGAGCUGCCGACAUGGUAGAUCAAGCUAUAUCAAUGGCGUUUGGUCAGUCGGGCAGCAAAAGCAACUACGUCCGCGUUCAAGGCCACGGAAUAUUGGGGAAGAAGGAGAGGAAAAUGGAGUCGGCGAGCAAGGUGGAAGCCAUGGCGGAGGAAAUGCUGGCACAGAAGAAUGUGGAAUCAGUGCUAUUCCAAGGGAAGAAGCUUGCCCAGACUUCAAAUCUGGAAAAGCUGGAUCUGUUCGCCGGCGAAUUGGUGAAGGAACAAGACCGGAGAAAAACCAGCGUUUUACCCGUCGUCGUCUUGAAACAAGCGGCGUCGGCAUCUCCGAGGACAUCUUCCGCCACCACACUAUCCUCAAUUUCUUCGUGUUAAUUAAUUAUUAUUCACAUCUUACCUACAUUAUUAUGGGUUAUUAGGUAACUAAUCAAAUAUUAUAUUAUAUUAAAUAUUAGUAACUAUCCCAUAUUAUAUUAAUUAGGGUAGGUUAGAGUAUUAAGUUUGGUCCACCCAUUCAUUGGACACUGAGUCAAGUCGAGUCGAGUUAAGUUUGCUGCCACUCGAGAUGAGCAUAAACAUCCGAGUUAGUGCUGAGCUACUGAUAAAUCUCUUUCUUUUUUAAUUUGUUGCCAAGGUUUGCUUUUUGUUUUUUUUUUUUUUUUGGGAUUGGGUUGGUCUCUAAUUAUUAAAUGUAAAUUAGAGAUGAGUGUUGAUGAAUAUGUAUAUGGUCUCUCUUGAAGUUAAGAGAGAAUUUGUUUAUGGCAUAUAUGCUAAGUUUGAUGAUUGAAAUUUA